ACUUCAUUCCACUUUGCCCAGAGUGGACUUUUCAGCCCCUGAGGCAAGAGCCCUCUAGGUUUUUGCCAGCUCCCUUCCUUCAAGGUCAGCUUGAUUCCAAAAAUGAGGAUACUGUUCACAGAAAAGAAUCACCGUGGUUUUAUAAUGCAGGCCCUUGACAGGCAAAGAAAGACCAGGGAGUUUUGUGAUGUGGUCCUCAGAGUGGACGAGAAUGACUUUUAUGCUCACCUCAAUGUGUUAGCAGUAGUGUCCUCCCAAGUAAGGAUUCUGAUAAUCAAGAAUGAUAUGAAAGCAGAUGAUGAACUCUUAAUUGUCAUUGACUCCAAGUUCUUGAGCUCGGCCUUGGUGGGGGAGUUGCUCAACUAUUUUUAUACAGGGAUGAUUGUGAUUUCAGAGAAGAAUGUGGAAGACCUUCUGAAGGGAACCAAGUACUUCGGCUCUCAAAACUUGGAAAACCACUGCUCUAACUUCCUCCAGAGGACUCUCGAGAAGAAUAACUGCUUCAAGUAUCUACUGCUAGCCAUGAAAUAUAACCUGAAAGAGGUAGUAUAUCCAGCCUAUGAUACCACUCGAGAUCAUUUCUAUUACUUGGCAGGCCCACAGUGCAUAGGAGAAUUAAUGUUUUCCCCCCCUCCCAUCUUUAGAAAGCUCCUCAAGGAUGAAGAUCUUCAUGCACAAAAUGAGGACCAGGUCUUUCUGGUUCUCAUUCAGUGGGUGAAACAUAAAAAGGCUGAGAGAGAGACUUUGUUUAAAAAAUAUUUGCGUUAUGUACAUUUAUCUGCCGUGUCCACCAGGACACUGCUUGCUGCCUGCCGUGAGAUCUUGCUCUUUACUGAACAUAGUGGCCCCUUGGCCCAGAUAGAAAGCAUCCUGAGUGAGCGUAAACAGGGCAAUCCCCAAAAUCUGAUGCUGAACCAGAGGAAGGGGGCACUUAUGGAUGCUGUGGUGAUUCUAGGAGGACAAAAACAGCAGGGAAAUUUCAGCAGCGGUGUUUUUGCCUACAUUGUUGAACAGAACAUCUGGCUGAAGCUGACGGAGAUGCCUUACAGAGCUUCAGCUCUGAGUGCUACUUCACUGGGCAAAUACAUUUAUGUCUCUGGAGGAACAAAUGAGCAAAUAUCUGGCCUGAAGACAGCAUGGAAGUACAAUGUGGAUGAUAACUCCUGGCUUCAGCUUUCAGACCUGCCCAUAGGUUUGGUCUUCCACACCAUGGUGACUUGUGGAGGGGCCGUGUACUCCAUCGGGGGAAGCACAGCUCCAAGAAAAUACAUUUCAAGUAUUUAUAAGUAUGAUGAAGUCAAAGAGAAUUGGGUUCUUGCUGGGAAAAUGAGUAUACGCAUGGAUGCGACAGCACUAAUCACCAAGGCAGACAAGAUUAUUUAUAUUGUGACCGGUAGGUGCCUGGUGAAUGAAGUAAUCUCCCGAGUGGGUGUGCUGGACUGCUUUGACACAGUAACCCGGAAUGUGGUGCAAUGCACCACUUUCCCUAUUCAGUUCAAUCAGAAACCCUUGUUGUCAUUUUCACAGGGCAACAUCUUGUGUGUUCAAAGCCACAAAGAGAGUGUGGAAAUAAACCUCAAGAAUAUUAAAAUGAACAAGUCCAUAAAACAUGUGCCUCUCUUACCAAAUAACUAUCGUUUGGAUCUGUCGCAUGCGGUAUGCCAGGUGGAAAAGGACAAAGUAUUUGUGUGUGGAGGUCUCAUUUGUCCAGGUGACCAGCCUCCCGAAGGACAUUCCAUCAAUCGGCAAGCAUAUAUGCUAGAUCAAAGCAUAGGAGAAUGGAGGGUUUUGGCUCCACCUCCAGAAGCUCUGGAUUGCCCUGCUUGUUGUACAGUUAAGUUGCCAUGUAAGGUGCUCAAGACAACAGUCGUUAGUUAA